AUGGAUAUUACAUCGACCACCAAUGCUAGGCGUCUUGUUAUAAUUGUGCUUAUUAGAUCAACAUUAUCUGUCAUGCCCGCUCUUAUUGCAGAUUUACUGGAAACCAAAAAAAAAAAAAAAAAAAAAAAAAAAUCAGACUACGGUAUAUUGAUCAUCAUUCUUUUAUUCUCAUUGGUAGAAGGAAUAGGAUUUGUAGGAAAGGAAACUUCUCCCUUUAUUCUUUUUAUCGAUUCUUUUACUCCUGAACAAUUUAAUGAUAUAUUAGAUGGUUUUCUGGAUAGGAACAACGAUACACUGAGAAGAGCCAGAUUUCUACAAAGCGAUAACCAUUUUGCCUUUUUCCUAGUUGAAAAAAUCCAAUGUCAAUUAUAG